CAUCCCAUGAACACAAUGUCAGAGGAAGAAGAGUUUUUUCUGUUCAAGAACAUCUCAUCGGUGGGGCCCUGGGAUGGGCCUCAGUACCACAUUGCCCCUGUUUGGGCCUUCCACCUCCAGGCAGCUUUCUUGGGCUUUGUCUUCUUUGCAGGGACACCACUGAAUGCCAUAGUGCUGGUGGCCACGCUGCGCUACAAAAAAUUGCGACAGCCACUCAACUACAUUCUGGUCAAUGUGUCCCUUGGGGGCUUCAUCUACUGCAUGUUCUCUGUCUUCGUUGUCUUCGUCAACAGCUGUCAUGGAUACUUCGUCUUUGGCCGCCAUGUUUGUGCUCUGGAGGCUUUCCUGGGUUCCGCAGCAGGUCUGGUGACAGCCUGGUCACUGGCCUUCCUGGCCUUUGAACGCUACAUUGUCAUCUGUAAGCCCUUCGGCAACUUCCGCUUCAGUUCCAAGCACGCGCUGGUGGUGGUUCUGGCUACCUGGAUCAUUGGUGUUGGCGUUUCCAUCCCACCCUUCUUUGGCUGGAGCCGGUUCAUUCCUGAGGGCCUUCAGUGUUCCUGUGGUCCAGACUGGUACACUGUGGGCACCAAAUACCGCAGUGAAUACUACACCUGGUUCCUCUUCAUCUUCUGCUUCAUCUUACCUCUUGGCCUCAUCUGCUUCUCCUAUGCUCAGUUGCUGAGGACCCUCAGAACUGUGGCAGCUCAGCAGCAGGAGUCAGCUACAACUCAGAAGGCUGAGAGGGAGGUGAGCCGCAUGGUGGUAGUGAUGGUGGGAUCCUUCUGUGUCUGCUACGUGCCCUAUGCUGCCCUGGCCAUGUACAUGGUCAACAACCGCAACCAUGGGCUGGACUUACGGCUCGUCACCAUUCCUGCCUUCUUCUCUAAGAGCUCUUGCGUCUACAACCCCAUUAUCUACAGCUUCAUGAAUAAGCAGGGUCUUGCUAAGUUGCUGAGGCUGGCCUCAAACUUGAGAUCUUCUUGCCUCAGCCUCCCAAGUUGCUGGGAUUACAGGCAUGUGACACCAUGCCGGCAAGGAGUGAAUUUUAACUGCAAUGACAUCAAGAUUAAUUCCUGGGGAAGAAGAGCCUCCUGGAGAACUUAAAGUGAUUUCAACAGGCAAAUAAUGUUGUUGUGAGCAUUUCAACAGAUGCACACCCAGAAAAAAAUGUAUGCCCUGAACACACUUAUAUUGUUCCUUUAGUUUUCCAGCUGUUUCUAGCUGGAAACUGCUCUAUAAAAAGCUAGAAUUAACUCUGUAAAGAGACUGCACUCACUACUUGAUUGAUUUUUCAAGACACUGGCCCUAACUUCCUAUCACAGCUGUGCUUGACAAAAUUAGCAAGUAACUAGUUCUACAGGGGAAAAAAGAAUAAAGUCAAGUUGAGUCAAGCUUUCUUAGAGCACAGGGAUUCUGUCCCUGACCAGAAAUGGCAGGACCAAUUGCUGAACCCAUAGCAACUGAAUGCAAUAUGAAAUGUCAGUACUACAUGUGAAAUGUAAGACUUUUCAUAGGCAAGAUUAAGUGUUCUCUCUAAAUAUAAAUCAUGGAGCAUAUAAUUUUCCUUGCUUUUCUCAACACUUCUUAUUGAUCUCAGGCUUAAAAUAUUAGUUAAAUGAGAAUUAUAAAAAUUAUAAGGGGUUGAGAAAGAGUAAAGGGCUAAUUUUUGCCUACAAGUGUGGGUUGAGGAUCUUGAUCCUUCAUAUCAUACUCCCAACUAGAGAACAAAUACAAAAAUAAACACACCAUGUUAUACAUUAUACAAAGUGUAAAUCUACAAACACAAGUGUACUAAUUAGAGUUGUUCCUCAGAAGCAGUUCCCUCCAGUCCCUUAGAGAGGAGGAGGAAUGGGGACGGGAUGAUUUUCAUUAUUUCAUACGCCUUUUCAUGUCUUAAAAAGUUUGUAAUAACAGUCUCAGUAGCGCAAACAAUUUCAUGUGAAAACAAAAGCUGUAAAAAUAAAUUACUUUUGAAGAAA